ACUAGUUCGUAGUAUGUUUCCAUCGAUCAUCAGUAGAUAAGUUUACUGUCGUUUUUCUCCUUUGCUCUGGUUUUGUUGAAAACGGUGAAAAAUGGUGAAAGAAGAUCCAGAGAUUACAGGCCUGAAAAAGGAACUCGAAGAUUUAAUUAACAAGUGCAAGGAGGAUCAGAAUAAGCAAAAAGAUACCACAUUGGAAGAAGCAUGCAGUAGUGUAGCCGAUGCUACGAAAGUGAAAAUGUCAACAAAGAAGAUGCUCAAAGGCCAUAUUAACAAAGUGAAUUCAGUUCAUUACAGUGGAGACAGUAGGCACUGUGUAACUGGAUCUUUAGAUGGAAAGCUAAUUAUUUGGGAUUCCUGGACCGGUAAUAAAGUCCAGGUCAUCCCACUACGAUCAGCAUGGGUCAUGUCUGUGGCUUUUUCUCCCUCAGGAAAUUUUGUUGCAUGUGGUGGCAUGGAUAAUAUGUGCACUGUUUACGACGUGAACAACCGAGACUCAACCGGAUCUGCGAAAAUGGUUAGAGAGCUUCUUGGCUACGAAGGAUUUCUUUCCUCAUGCAGAUUCCUUGACGAUUCGAAAUUAAUCACAGGCUCAGGAGAUAUGAAAGUAUGCAUAUGGGACCUGGAAGCUAAUAAAAAGACCACCGAUUUUUCUGCACAUUGUGGAGAUGUUUGUACAAUGAGUUUGGCUCCAGAUAUGAGUACCUAUAUUACUGGUUCAGUUGACAGAACUUGUAAGCUUUGGGACUUGCGGGAAGAAAAAGCUAAACAAACUUUCUUUGGGCAUGAGUCGGAUGUAAAUUCAGUCUGUUAUCACCCAUCAAGUCAAGGAUUCGUAACAGCUUCUGAAGAUAAAACGGCUCGAUUAUGGGAUUUGAGAUCGGAUCAGCAACUAGCAACGUUUAAACCACCAAAUUCGAAUCCCGGGUUUACAUCUUGUGCUCUUUCCCUUAGUGGCAGAUUCAUAUUCUGUGGCAGUGACGAUAAUUCGAUUCACAUAUGGGAUACUCUGAAAGCUCAACACAAUGGUAUGCUAAAUGGACAUGAGAAUCGAGUGACUUCCAUCUGCAUGUCGCCUAAUGGAAUGGCAUUGGCUAGCUGCUCUUGGGAUCAACAUGUUAGAGUCUGGGUCUAGGUGACAAUCUUCCUGUAAUAACUUGAUAAAAAAAUCUAUGUAUAAUGUAUAUCGAUUGUAUCUUGAGAAAUAAAGCCAUAUUGCAUUAUUUAUA